AUGUCACUAUUCUAUAAGAUAUUAUUUAUUCUGGCAGUAUUUAUAUUGAAUACAUAUUGUUAUCCAUCAAGCUAUUGUAUACGUUUUGAUACAGAUGUGAAAGGUUCAAAAAAUCCAAUAAUAAUAAAUAUAACACAAAAUUGGUCACCAAUUGGAGCCAAUCAUUUAUUUGAUGUAAUAAAUUCUAGUUUUUAUUCAGUACCAUCAGCAUUUUUUCGUGUUGUUCCCAAUUUUGUUGUUCAAUUUGGAAUAAGUGGCGAUCCAAUACAAAAUACUAUUUGGAAUAAACCGAUUCAAGAUGACCCAGUUAAAAUGUCAAACAUAAAAGGCACACUUUCAUAUGCAACAGCCGGUCCAAAUACUCGAACAACUCAAUUAUUUAUUAAUUACAUCAAUAACUCACGUUUAGAUCCAUUAGGAUUUUCACCUUUAGGAAUCGUUACAACUGGUUUUGAUACAGCUGAAGCUAUUUUCAAUCCAACACCAGGUAGUAGCGAUGGUGUUGAUCAAGAACAAUAUUCAAAAAAAGGAAAUAAAUGGAUUAUUGACAAUUAUCCUCAAAUUAAUUUUAUUGAAAAAGUUUCAAUUACUCAUAAUUGUCCAUUUACAAAGAACUUUUAUUGA